AAAAUUGAUUAUCAACGCCAACUGUGCAUCUAUACGUAAUACUUUGUCUUCAUUCAUUAUAUGCGACACCAACGUAUCUUUCUUUCUUUCUUUGCUCCACAAAGGCUUCCAACACCAACCAUUUCCUUUCUUAAGUUAUGGAUCCGCAAUGGGCUGACCUUCUCCUGAGUCCCAUCAUCAACACCACAAUUUCCAAGUUGAUUUCUACUGCUGCUGAGCAAAUCAGCCUUGCUGUCGGCUGGAAGAAGGAGCUUGAAACGCUUCAGAGCAAACUACGCAUGAUCAAGGAUGUGUUGCUGGACGCAGAGGAGAGACGGGUGCGAGACCGUGCUGUGAAGGGUUGGCUUGAGAAGCUCAGGGAUGUGGUUAUUGAGGUCGAUGAUGUGCUGGAUGAGGUUGCUUACGAAAGUGAGAAGAGCAAGGUGGAGAAUCAAAACCAAAAGCAGAAAAAGGUGCAUAAAUUCUUUACCUCCAAUCCCCUGCUAUUUCGUAGAGAGAUUGCUGAGAAGAUUAAGAAAAUUAUUGCAUCGGUGGAAGCUAUUAACAAUGAAGCGAGAGAGUUUGGACUCCAAAAUAGACUUGCUGGCACAGUGGUUUCUGAACAUAGAAGAAACGCACAGACCCAUUCCACUAUUGGUGAUUUAUCAGAGGUUGUGGGAAGAGAGGAUGAUAUUUCCAAAAUGGUGCACCUCCUAACUGACUCAUCUAAUGAGUUACGCCUUUGUGUAUUGUCUUUAGUGGGUAUGCCGGGUAUCGGUAAAACCACGUUAGCACAAGCUGUGCGUAAUGAUGAGCGAAUCAAAAACUAUUUUGUAAAAAACAAAGAUACUGUGAUUCAAAAAAUAAGAGAAGCCAUGGGGGAGAACAACUUUCUUUUGGUACUGGAUGAUAUGUGGGAUGAAGAGAGUCAUGGGAAAUUUGAAGACUUGAGAAGCUGUUUGCUAGGAGUCUGUAAAAUGUCAAGGAAUAAUGUUAUGGUGACAACUCGAAAUGAAAAAGUUGCAUUGAAAAUGAGAACACUUCCUAAACACAUGCAUCAUCUUCAGAAACUACAAAUUGCUGACUGUUGGUCUAUUAUCAGGACGAGAGUACCUGGAGAUGCUUCUAUAACUCUAGAAUUGGAGAAAAUUGGAAAGGAUAUUGCUCAAUUAUGUGGAGGUGUGCCAUUAGUUGCCAGGGUUAUAGGAGGUAUUUUGUGUACAGAAAGGUUGGACAGAGUCACGUGGUUGUCAAUUAAAGGGAAGAUUGAGGCAUUGGGUCCACUUGAACAUGAUAUAGAAAUCAGAGGUGUGAUAAAAUUGAGUUUUGAUCACUUGCCAGAGUCAGCUUUAAAGCAAUGUUUUGCUUUCUGUUCUAUUUUCCCAAAAGAUUUUGUUAUGAAAAAGGACAUGCUGAUUCAGCUUUGGAUGGCUAAGGGAUUUCUCCAAUCUGUUGAAGAAAAUCCUAUGACAAUGGAGGAUAUUGGUAAUAAGUAUAUAAAUGACUUGUUAUCGUAUUCCCUCCUUCAGGAGCACCAAAGAGAUUCAUUUGGAAGUAUUAUUAGUUGCAAAAUGCAUGAUUUGAUUCAUAAUUUUGCACAACUAAUUUCAAAAUCUGAGACAAUGAUUUUGAAGACACACAACAAUAUUUCUAAUAUUUGGAAUUUGAAUCUCAUUUAUGGUAUGGGAACUGUGCCAACAAAUUUAAGAGAUGUUGCUCCAAAGCUACACACUUUGUUUUUAAAGGAUGGCUUUUCCAGUGAUUUGAAGGUGAAUCUUAAAAGCUUACGAGUUUUGAGUUUUGUUGAUUCUGUUGGUACUGAAGAAUUGCCACCAUGUUUUGGCAACAUGAAGAAUUUGAGGUAUCUAGACAUUUCAAGAACUCGGAUGACAAAACUGCCAAAGUUGAUCCCCAAAUUAUACAAAUUGCAAACAUUUAGAUUCAUGACUUGCAGAUCUCUAGAAAUGCCUCCUGAAGGAAUUGGAAGUUUAAUCAACUUGAGGCAUAUAUACUUUAGUGAUGAAGAGCAGAUGCCUGCAAACAUUGGGAAACUAACAUGUCUUCAAACAUUGCCAAAGUUCUUUGUAGGCAAAACGAAGGGACGCAAAAUUGAAGAAUUGGGCAGCUUGAGAUGGCUCAGAGGAAGUUUGAAGAUCUGUAAUCUUGAACAUGUUAAGGAAAAAUCAGAAGCUAUGGGAGCAAAGUUACAUGAGAAGACAAUUUCUGAGUUGAGAUUAAGAUGGGGAAAAGAAAGCAAUGAAGAUGAAGAUGUUUUGGAAGGUCUCCAGCCACACUUAGAUCUGCAAGUAUUAGAAAUUGAUGGUUAUGGAGGCAAAAACUUGCCAUCAUGGAUCUCAAAAAAUGUCUUGAAUUGUGAUCUGUUUUUGCUUAAGAAUUUGGUGGAACUGAAAAUUAUACAGUGCAAAAAGUUGGAAAGUAUUCCAAUAAUGACAGGAUUUUCUUCUCUUCAGAUGCUUUCCAUUUCCAACUGUGCUGAAUUGAGUAUUAUAGCCGAGGGAGCAUUUGCUAAAUUGGCGUUCCUCAAAGAAUUACACAUAUUGAAUUGUCCCAAGUUGGAAAGAGUUUCAUCAAAUGGUUUAAUAUUGCCUCAGUCACUCUUAAUUCCAGAUUGCAAAGAGUUGAAUAGCCUAUCAACCUCCACAUGUCUAAAAGUUUUAUAUUUGCGUGGCUGUAAAAAUCUAAGGUCUAUUCCAAGUCUAUGUGGGCUUAGUUCUCUUGAAGAGGUAACAUUUAGGCGUUGUGGAUUAGAGCAUCUACCCAGCGGGCUAUCAUCUUGCAUUGCUCUUAAGAAGUUAAAAAUAUACCGUUGCCCUAGUCUGAUCUCUAUUCCAGAAGAAUUGAAGGAAAUACGUUCUUUGGUUUAUUUGCAGAUUCGAUGGUGUUCAAAAUUGACUAGCAUCCCAGAAAAUACCCUCAAUUCCCUUACCAGCUUGAAGGAAUUGCACAUUGGUGGUUUCUCGAAAAAGUUGGAGGAAUUUCCUGAUCUAAGUUCCAUCCACAGCCUCCAAGCCUCCCUUGAAGUCUUGGUUUUGACUAGAUGGGGAAAACUAACUGAGUUUCCACAUCAAAUUCAAAACCUAAACCUUACUGCUCUAAAAUGGGUGUCAAUAGAAGAUUUCGAGGAAGUGGAGACAUUACCGAACUGGUUAGGAAACUACUCUUCUCUUAAAGCACUAAUUAUUCGGGGUUGCCUUGAAUUAAAGUAUCUACCAAGUGGGUUGUCAUUCUUCACUACUCUCGAGCACCUUGCAAUAUACGGAUGUCCUAAUCUAGCCUCUGCUAAUGUAGAAGAGAUCCUCGGUGGCCUUGCUUGCUUGAAGACAUUAUGGAUCGGUCCUUUCUCAGAAGAGUUGGAGGAAUUCCCAAGUUUGAGUUCCAUUCACAACCUCGGCACUUCCCUUGAAGAAUUGCGUUUGUUUGGUUGGGCAAAGCUAACUCAGUUGCCACAUCAAAUUCAACACCUUACAGCUCUAAGGAUUUUGUAUAUAUUUGAUUUCCAUGGAGUAAAAGCUUUGCCAGAGUGGUUGGGAAACUUGUCAUCGCUUCAAGAUCUGCACAUCCAUCGGUGCGAGAAUCUGAAACAUCUCCCUUCUGUAGAAUUCAUUCGAUGCCUCUCCAAAUUGAAAUUCCUUGAGAUUUUAGAAUGCCCAAAGUUAGAGACAAGAUGUUGCAAGGAAAGCGGUUUAGAGUGGUACAAGAUUUCUCACAUUCCAACCAUCAGAAUAAAUGGAGAGGACAUAUAAUCACAAUAUUCAAGUUUCCGAGAGGCAAAUGGAAUGCCUCAUCUCUGGAACCCCAACUCUUAUUUUAUUUUUCUUGUAAUUACACAUUUUGAAAUUUAUGAAUUCCAACAACUAAUUCUCCUUCAUUCUAUCUAUAUUGUCAACUUAUCAAUUAAUGUGAAGUUAAAAAUUAUUUUAACUUCAGGUUUUUACAUAUAAAUUAGAAGUUUCCUU